AUGAUUGACGACGAUUUGGAGCACGGCCUCUUCGAGGAUUCCGAGGAGUCUUCUGUGGAAGACAACACGGCGCCGUAUCUCACCACCAUCGAGGAUCCGCCCACUCAGGAGCUUGAAGCGCCAGGGGCAGAGACCGGUUCAGAGCCCGAACUUGAACCGGAACCGGUUACUCAAAGGGUGGUUAACAAGACAAUCCCGUCUUCCGCUUAUCCCGUGCGAGACCACCAUCUGGUAAUUUGCAAAUUCCCCCUCGCCGUCUCAAUGGCCGCAUCUCCCUUCACCGAGAUUGAGGAGCGACAAAGGCUGCGCCAAAACCCGACGUUGCUGGAGGAGCCGCAAAGCGGCGAGAACACUGCGAUGAUGCGCUGGCGCUUCGGGCAAACUAUCGAGGGCGACUCCGAGCCGUUUGGCGUCCUGGAGACAAACACCCACUUCGUGGAGUGGGACGACGGCACCUUCACACUGUUUGUUGGCAAGACUCCCUUCAACGUCGACUACCGCAGCGAAACCGUGUUCUUGUUGGAGGACUCGCGUCCUGACCUGAAGCCGGUGCACGCGGUGAUCACCGACAGGCUGCAGAUGAAGUUCUCCAACAUCUUGAAGAACAAAUUCACCCGCUCCAAAGAGGUGGGAGCCAAGCGCCAGCGUAUGACUCUGACAUCCAUCGCCGAUGCGGUCUCUUCCAAGAUAUCGCUUCAGCGCCAUCGCAUUACGGUCAGGGAGAACGAGCGUUUCCGCCGCCUCCAGCAGUCCGCCACUUACGGGCCGCGCGGAUUGACCCGUCAAUUUUUGGAAAGUGACAGCGACUCGCAGUGA